UCAGUUGACCUCAACAUCGCAGCCGCACUGAAAUCACAGCUGCCUCGCCCAGGACAAAAGUGGCAGCUUCCCAUCACACAAGUAUCAAACCUUUGUGCUUUUCACAGUCGCUGACCGUCCGGAUGACAUGAGUUGUUUUUUUAAGCCACUUGUCUUAAGUACGCGUUGUACCCAUGAGAGAAUGUAAACGGCUCUGUCGAGCUGUAGCUACUGAGUGUGUCUACUGCGGCCAUGGCGACCAGAACAGCUGAAGGAGGGGCUUAGCGGGGCCGCCGACUGGGCAGUUAGCAACAGUUGACAUACUCCUUACACCCUUUACUGACUAACAAAUCUAAGAUUUAAUAUUAGCGGAAGAGAAGUACCGGGAGCUGCAGAAUUUGAUUGUUCAGUACAGUCAUUGAGCAGGUGUUUUAGACAAUUUGGCUACUUCCGGUGAAUAACCUAUAAGCAGACUAUUCCAAAAAUAAUUUUAAGUUUUCACAUGCUCAGUGAAGUGCAUGAGUAUUUUCCAAGAAUGCGCUCUGUCAAGUUCUCUGACACUGCACCAAUGAACUCAGCCCAGUUUGAUAACCGGGUGAUUAACUGUAAUAUGCCAGGAAAUACAGGGGAGAAGGUCUUUUUUCUGGACUGUUCAGCCCAGCAGCUGGAGGAACUCCCCUCGGCGGUACUGCAGUUACAGCAUCUGGAGGAGCUGCAUCUUGAAAAGAACUUCAUCCAUACGAUCCCUGGAGAAAUCCAACACCUGAAAGGCCUCAGAGUGCUGUAUCUCCAAAAUAACCACUUACACGGUUUGUGUGAGGAGCUGAGCGAGUUGAAGCAGCUGCAGAGUCUGGAUCUGAGUGAUAACCCUCUGACGUCUGGCCCUGGCUUUUUUCAUGUCCUGGCCCAACUGUUUUCCCUCCGUGAGCUGAGACUCUACAACCUGGGCAUACCAGCUCUCCCAGCCCAGAUCUGCAAAAACAUUUACAACCUGGAGCUGCUGGGUCUUUCGGGAAACAGACUGACGAUGCUUCCGAGUGAGAUCAGAAACCUCACAAAACUCAGAGAGAUCUACUUGCAGAGCAACCACUUGGAGAUCUUCCCCAGUGUGCUCAAAGAGCUUCCACUCUUGGAAAUUAUAGAUGUGGAACAGAAUUUGUUAGUUUCUUUGCCAGGUGAAGUCUGUGGCCCAUCUUGGAAGAGACUCUUUCUAGCAUCAAAUAGACUCACAUCACUCCCCACACGUCUCUGCAAAUUUGGCAGCUUAAGAGUACUUGAUGUCUCCAGCAACAGCUUGAGUAAAUUGCCUCGCAACUGUCAUGCCUUAACUGAACUCCUGGAUCUGGGACUUUCCCAUAACAACCUGGGAGCAUUCCCACCUCAUAUCGGUAGGAUGUGCUCUUUGCAGGUCUUGUACCUGAAAAACACAGGUCUGACAAAGUUACAUCCGAAGGCCACAAGCCUGAAGAGGCUGCGUCUUCUAGAUCUAAGCCAGAAUGGGUUCACUGAGUUUCCAGAGGAGAUCUGUGCCUUAACAGACUUACAGCAAUUAUCUUUGGAUGACAACAAGUUGCAGGAGAUUCCUGGGAACAUCAGGAGCCUGACCAAGCUGAAAUGUAUGGGGCUGACAGGUAAUAGCUUCUCCCAUUUCCCUGAGGCUAUCUGUGGUCUGCAGUCUCUAGAGAAGCUGUACAUGGGCCAGGACCAAGGGCUCAAAAUCCAUACUCUGCCUCAAAGCAUCUCUCUGUUAAAGAAUCUCAGAGAACUGUACCUGGAAAACAACAGCAUAGAGGUUCUACCUGAAACUAUAGGGCUUCUGCUGCACUUGGAGACUCUUGACUGCCACAACAAUCUGAUCAAGUUCUUACCGGACACUCUUUGCUGUUUACAAGGUCUGAAGCAUCUCCUGGUUCAGAAUAAUUGCCUAACACAUCUUCCAGAAAACCUGGACAGGCUGCAGGCUUUGGAGACUUUGCAGCUGCAAGACAACCCUCUGUCUGAUCCUUCAUUGUCAGUGUGUAAUCAGGGCAUUACCGCUAUACACAAAUACUUACAGGACAAGAAAUGGAGAAGAACUCAGUCCACAAAGAUCCAGGCAUGGUGGCGAGGAGUCAUGGUGCGAAGAAGACUGGGGCCGUUCAAAGGGCUGCAAACGAAAGAGAAGAAAGCAAAAGGAAAGAAAGAUGCUCGAAAAGGAAGGAAGAAAUCCCCAAAGAAAAAGAAAUGAGGGCAAAUAUAAACAAGCUGAUGAAAAGUACAUCACGUUACAAACUAAAGUGUCAAAUGUUAAAACUGGCUGAUUAGUCUGUGCUACUAAUAUCCAUAUAUGACAUAUAAUAAAAAGUAAUAAAACUCUA